AUGGAAAACUUUGAAAAGAACAAUUAUGGUAUAAGCUAUUCUUUUAUAGACAAUAAUGAAAUAGAUGAUUUAUCUGUGGAUUCUUCUUGUAUUAAUGAUGAUAUUAUGGAAAUAAAUGAAACCGGCAAACCAUUACAACUAU